AAACAAAAACAUGUGUUCAGCGCUGUCUUGCACAUGCGUGCUCGUUUCCCUCACUUCGUUGCUACGCCCUUAUUCUGUACGUGCCGCAGAGGAUCAGAUGUUUAUUUAAAGUUGGAGGAAAGGAAGUAUGAUAAUAUAAUCACGCCCAACGCAGGCCAUUCUCGGCGAAUGAGGCGCUGCGCAGCGGAGGCACUCGGAGCAGAACAUGGUCAAAAUGAUGAUGUCCUAAGCACGUCUGUAAAGACGCAAGGAAAUCGUCAUGACACUUUAUGCGCUGCUGCAGAAGAAGGCGGCACAGAGGUGGCUGAAGACAGCUCUCUUUUCCAAGUAUGCUAUGGCGGCAGCAUGUGCGUUGUUGGUGGUAGUGUCCUUCGUGAUAGCUGCCCUUGUCUUCAGCAUCAUCAGCACUUUGCAAAAUGAGCCACACGGACUCUUCACCAAACUCACCUUGCAGACGUACGCGUACGCUCCUGAAGAACACCUUCCGCAGAGCAACGGCAGCAAAUUCCUUGCUCACAGACACGAGUGCACGCACCACACCUGCCUGGACAUUUACAGGUGUGGCCAUGGCAACAGCCUCAAAGUCUACAUUUACCCUCCGAGGCGGUUCCUCGACUCCGAAGGAAUUCCCAUAUCAGCCCAACCUUCUCAGGAAUAUUACGACCUUCUAGACGCAAUUUUUAAAAGCAAAUACUACGAGCCAGACCCUUCGAAGGCUUGCAUCUUAAUUCCCUCCAUCGACACCCUAAACCAGAACCGCUUUAGACCCUUGGAGACCUCAGUGGCCCUGUCGUCGUUGUCAUAUUGGAAUCGGUACGGAGAAAACCACUUGAUCUUCAACAUGGUGCCAGGGGCGGCUCCAGACUACAACACAGUUGUCGAGUUGGCCCUCGGCAGGGCUAUCGUCGCUGGUGCUGGAUUCGACACGUGGACCUACCAGCCCGGCUUCGACAUAUCCAUUCCUUUGUUCAGCCCGUUUGCCCUGCCCCUUCCUGUAGACACGUCCGACGAUCGACCCUGGUUACUGAUCUCUGCACAAGUCAACAUCCACCAAGAGUAUCUAAAUCGGUUAGAAAACGUCGCCAUGCUGGAGCCGUCAAAAAUGUUGGUGCUCAGGUCUUGCGGGGAGCUUGCGGCCAAUGCGUCCCAGAGGUGCAUCAGCGAAGACGUGUAUCACUACCCUGAAAUCCUACGCAGGGCACAUUUCUGCGCAGUUGUGAGAGGCGCGAGACUCUCUCAGCCUGCCUUACUGGAGGCGCUCUCUGCAGGCUGCAUCCCGGUUGUUGUUGCAGACACGGCAAUCAUGCCAUUUCAGGAAGUGAUUGACUGGAAACGAGUUGCCAUAUUUUUACCAGAGAGCGAUUUGAGCUCCAUAUUUUCCAAGGUGGAAAGCAUUUCUCCUCAGCGAAGGCGCGAAUUGCAUGAUCAAGGACGAUGGAUCUACGAGCAAUACCUGUCUAGUCUGGCUAAGAUUGGACUCACCACACUUGCAAUAAUUGAGGACAGAAUCUUCACACACAACACCAGGAACUACUACGACUGGAAUAUGGCCCCCUCGCAUAUGGCCUCAUUCAACCCCCUCUUCCUGCCAAUCACAGCACCAAAGUCACACGGCUUUACAGCAGUCAUCCUCACCUACGACCGCAUCGAGAUGCUGUUCACCCUAAUCAACAAGCUCUCAGUUGUUCCUAGUUUGACCAAAAUCAUUGUGCUCUGGAACAACCAGAACAAGUCCCCUCCUCCUCCUGCUCACUGGCCGCGCAUAUCAAAACCCUUCAGGGUCAUACGCACCACCAGCAACAAGCUGUCAAACAGAUUUUACCCUCAUCCGGAAAUUGAAACUGAAGCCAUUCUGACAAUUGACGACGACAUUGUCAUGCUUACCACUGACGAAAUUGAAUUUGGCUACGAGGUGUGGCGAGAGUUCCCUGACAGGAUAGUCGGUUUCCCUUCAAGGACGCACAUAUGGGACGAGAGUAAGAAGAAGUGGCGCUACGAGUCCGAGUGGACCAACAAGAUCAGCCUGGUCCUGACAGGAGCCGCAUUUCACCACAAGUACUGGAGCUUCGCGUACACUAACCUGAUGCCUGGUAACAUCAAGGAGUGGGUCGAUGACCACAUGAAUUGUGAGGACAUCGCCAUGAACUUCUUGGUAGCAAACAUGACAGGGAAAGCGCCCAUAAAAGUCACACCACGCAAGAAAUUCAAGUGCCCUGAGUGUACCAACACUGAAAACCUGUCCGCCGACCAGACUCACAUGGCGGUGCGAUCAGACUGCAUAGAUAGGUUCUCCGCCAUUUACGGAACCAUGCCGCUCAAGUCGGUUGAAUUCAGGGCAGAUCCAGUGCUUUUCAAAGAUUCAUUCCCAGAGAAGCUGAAACGAUUCAACGACAUAGGCAGUCUAUGAUGCGCUUUUCUUAUACUACUUUUAAAUCCUUUUUAUACUUAAUUUGCCAUGUUUCCUAAAAUUUAGUGCCAAUAGCUCUCAACACAAUACAUUGAUUGCCAUUUUUACUUAACAACGGUAGCUAUAUUUUAAAUUAACCCCUUGUUUGUCAAGAAAGGGGUUAGUUUUUUUAAUACUUAUGUACAUGUUUUAAAUUGUGAUGUAUCACGAAAUUGAGGACUUUAAAUAGUUCUAAGAGAAUGACCGCCGCAUUUGCUAUAUAAUAAUAUAUUUUGGAAUGUGUUUAAAGCAACGUUACGAUAAAAAUUGUGUAGAUGAAAGUUAGAUGGCGCAUAUUUACCCCAUCAAUUUAUUGUAUACAUGUUUAAUAUAUUUGGGCUUAAAUAAUAAAAUACAGACAAAAAGUCUAAUGCGA